GAAAAUUCUCAAAGGAGAGAAGUGGGCGUAGCUGGUCAGCACUGACCUCCGAUGUUUCUCGGCAGGAACCAAUACCAUCACAUCCUAAAAUUAACAACCAAAAAAAUAGAAAUAUUUUCCUAAACUAAUUUUGUGGAGAUCUGUCGGAGCAGAAACAAAGAAGCGAUUAUCCUCUUUCCAUUCGUUCGGUUUCUGGUUCCUUCUGCAUAGCAUAGCAUAGCAUAGCACAGCACAGGUCAAGACGGGGAGUGGAAGCUGAUGAGAGAUCGUUUGAUGAAUAUAUAAUAAUUGGUUUGUUUGAUGGGCAACACAUGCCGUGGAUCUUUGAAAGGGAAAUAUAUUCAGGGCUUCAGCCAGCCCGAAGACCACUCCAAGCGCACCACCCUUUCUGAUCGUUCCGACUCCGAACACCCCUCCUCAGCCAGACAAAAUAUCAAUUCUGCAGAAAACAACAACAGCAACAGCACCGGCAUCAUCAACAACAACAACAAUCCACCCUUCAACUCCAAGAAAGAGUCCAUCAUGCGCCGCGGCCUAGACAACCAGGCAUAUUAUGUCUUGGGCCAUAAGACUCCCAACAUUCGUGAUCUAUACACUCUUGGCCGCAAAUUGGGACAGGGACAAUUUGGCACUACUUAUUUAUGCACCGAGAAUUCUACUUCCAAUGAAUAUGCCUGCAAAUCUAUCUCCAAAAGAAAGUUGAUUUCCAAGGAGGAUGUUGAGGAUGUCAGGAGGGAAAUUCAGAUAAUGCAUCAUUUAGCUGGUCACAAGAACAUUGUCACCAUUAAGGGUGCUUACGAGGAUCCUCUCUAUGUGCAUAUAGUCAUGGAGCUUUGUUCUGGGGGUGAGUUGUUUGAUCGCAUCAUCCAGAGGGGCCACUAUACCGAGAGGAAGGCUGCAGAGUUGACCAAAAUUAUUGUUGGGGUUGUUGAGGCUUGUCAUUCCCUUGGGGUCAUGCACAGAGAUCUCAAGCCAGAAAACUUUCUUUUGGUCAAUAAAGAUGAUGAUUUCUCUCUUAAAGCAAUUGACUUUGGCCUCUCCGUUUUCUUCAAACCCGGUCAAGUUUUCACUGAUGUAGUCGGCAGCCCAUACUAUGUUGCUCCUGAGGUUCUCCUCAAGCAUUAUGGGCCUGAAGCAGACGUGUGGACAGCCGGUGUCAUACUGUACAUAUUGCUUAGUGGUGUACCACCAUUUUGGGCAGAGACCCAACAGGGUAUAUUUGAUGCAGUAUUGAAGGGACAUAUAGAUUUUGACUCAGAUCCUUGGCCUCUAAUAUCUGACAGUGGAAAAGAUCUGAUCAGAAAGAUGCUGUGUUCUCAGCCUUCAGAACGGUUGACUGCUCAUCAAGUGUUAUGUCAUCCUUGGAUAUGUGAAAAUGGAGUUGCGCCUGACAGGGCAAUAGACCCUGCUGUUCUUUCUCGUCUUAAACAGUUUUCUGCAAUGAAUAAGCUGAAGAAGAUGGCAUUGCGGGUGAUUGCUGAAAGUCUAUCUGAAGAGGAGAUUGCUGGUUUGAGAGAAAUGUUUCAGGCUAUGGAUACCGAUAACAGUGGUGCAAUCACUUUUGAUGAACUCAAAGCUGGUCUAAGAAGAUAUGGUUCUACCCUUAAAGAUGUAGAAAUACGUGAUCUGAUGGAAGCGGCUGAUGUCGACAAAAGUGGAACCAUAGAUUAUGGGGAGUUUAUUGCUGCUACAGUUCAUCUCAACAAACUAGAACGUGAAGAACAUCUUAUUGCAGCAUUCCAAUAUUUUGACAAGGAUGGCAGUGGUUAUAUUACGGUUGAUGAACUUCAACAAGCUUGUGCAGAACAUAACAUGACUGAUGCUUUUCUUGAAGAUAUUAUUAGGGAAGUUGAUCAAGAUAAUGAUGGAAGGAUUGAUUAUGGUGAAUUUGCUGCAAUGAUGCAAAAAGGCAAUGCUGGAAUUGGUAGGAGGACUAUGCGCAAUAGUCUGAAUUUAAGCAUGAGGGACGCAUCAAGUGCUCAAUAGCUUCAAUUGUACUCAUCAUGUACAGGUUGUAUGCAGCGAAGCCAGAAAGAGAAAAACAACCGUAAAUCUUUACAAAAAUUUGUUGAUAUCCUGCUGGUGGGUCAAUCCAUGAAGAAGAAUCAGGAUUGUGGUUGCUCAACACGAGCAUCCAUCAAGUGUUACAUUUAUGUGCUGUAUGAGUGCAAAUUAUUUCUCUUUGUAAACCUCGGUGUUGGGUGUUGCAGCUCUUUCAAGUUGGUCUUCUAUUUUUCUGUGCUUUCAUGUAGGGGCAUUCUGUCUAUAGUUUAAGUAGAAGGAUUUUGAUUUGACCUUUCAGGUUCUUAAUUUCACGAAUGUAAAGUUUCACACGCGUGACAUGAUGUAUUCGGCAAACUAAGAAGCCUUUGUGGAUUAUGUCAGAGAACAUGCAUUAUGCUAAUGUUAAAGUGACAUUGGAAGUA